UCAGGUUACCACCAGAUUAAAAUCCAGCCUCAAGACUGAUACAAGACCGCGUUCAAGUCACGGUACGGGCAUUUUGAGUGGGUUGUCAUGCCCUUUGGCAUCACCAAUGCCCCCGUGACUUUCCAAGCAGCGAUGACGACUGAGUUUCGCGACUUGCUCGAUCGCAGCGUCCUCAUCAACCUUGAUGACAUCUUGGUUUACAAUAGGACGUUGGACGAGCACAUCGUACACCUUCUCGUUGUUCUGGAUCAUUUGCGACUAGCCAAGUACAAAGCGAAUCUCGACAAGUGCGAAUUCGCCAAGCAAGAGCUUGAGUACUUGGGUCAUUUUGUCACGCCGAAAGACAUUCAUCCCUUAGCGGACAAGAUCCAAGCCAUCGUGGAUUGGCCGGAACCCCGUUGCGCGACGGAUGUACGCUCUUUCAUGGGUUUGGCUGGAUAUUAUCAGCGAUUCGUCGAGUCAUACUCGAAAGUGGCUGCUCCUUUGUCGGGACGUCAGUCCCCGAAGUUCAGGCUUGUCUCAAAGCGAGUGGCGUUCUCAUCAAAUUAGCUCAUUCGGGGACAAAGCCCUCCACAGUGGAAAAAUAAUCGACUUUGGCAGGAAGAGGAAUGGAUGAAGGGUUAUGACACGCAAGAGGAGCAAAGUUUGGACGGCACAAAGACAUAUCUUCAGAUUCUUAACAGAAUAAACCUCAUUUUUUGGGUCGUUGAAUACCAUGGAACUCUGGGAAUCCGAUCCUUGAAACCAUUCGACACCAACACAGUGUACGUCACCUGGUCCCAGGUGAAAAAAAGUCAGUCAUCGAUGCGAGUAUUUCUUCUUGGCGAUCAAUUCCUGAAGUCCUGUGUGUCCAUUGUCGCACAUUGCAAAGGCAUCCCGAGAAGGCACGCAGACCAUGUCUCCUCCAAUUCUCGCGUGGGAGGGGAGAGGAAAAGGGCCCCGUCGUCCUCCUCAUCGAGAUGCUCCGAUGUUGUGCCACCUAGAGCAAAUUUCACAAAGGCGGUGUUCAGCACGAUAACAUGGAGCUGAAAAGCCGAAAUCAAACUGCAGCUCAGUUCCUAGACCCCACUCGAGACCCCUCAAUGCUGAGAUUCUUAACCCCAGAGACUAUAAACUCAAAGCCCUAAGCCCAAGAUAAAAACGGAAAAGCGCAAAGACUCUGAACACGCAGAAAUGCUGACAGAUAAACUUCUCAGUGCUUGCAAGACCCUGACUCUGGACAUGGUCUUCUACUGACCGAGAAACUUUUCAGCGCUCACAACAACAUUAUUAACCAACAGUCAAGGCGUCACAUACCUCUGAAGUGAGAAUAUCACUUAAAUCCCCGUACAAGCUUGUCCACCAGCUCACCUGCGGAUUGACAGGAAGGAUAAAACCCAGCAGCUCUGGCUCAAUACCCUUCAUACGACACAGUGAUUGACCGAUAGAACGGAAACCAGCGGCGUAAAAUGGCUGCAGUUGUGUGAUGAUCCGCUUGCCCAUACGCAGAAGAAAACCCAUAAAUCUGGAUUGACUGACUUACUGGUGAAUGGUCGAUGCGACCACCGCCAAGGAUGUCUACCUGUAACGAAAACAGACACAGUUUGUCAGAAAGAUAAGGUAGUAAAAAACUGGAAGUCCU